GUGGAAGACGCAGGACAGGUCUUCCUCCUAAUGAAGAAAGACUAUCGGAUCUCCCGCAACGUGCGCCUAGCCUGGUUCCUCAAUCACCUGCAUCAAGUCAUUUGGGCUGUGCCUGAGUCAGAGCUGGUGAAGUCAGAUAAUGAACUGGAUGUUCUCAGCAUCCUGCCAAAUGGAUGGCAGCCACAUGAGUCUGUCCGGCCUAGGCCCUAUCUCCUAGUGCCUUCCACACAGGUCACCUUCCUGGCACGACAGUACCGCUUUGUGAUUGAGCUCGAUCUGAGCCCAUCCACAGGCAUUGUGGAUGACUCAACGGGGGAGAUCAUUUUUGAUGAGGUGUUUCAUGCCCUUUCGCGAUGCCUAGUGGGAUUGCUAAAACCCUUCCGAAUUCCUGGUUCAGAAAUUACCUACCAGCCAGAGAUCUUUGUCACCAUCCAAGCAUAUUCCUCCAUCAUUGGCCUGCAGUCCCACCAGGUGCUAUUCCAAGGCUGUCAGCUGGAUGAGACCAAGAGAGAGACCUUCCUGCAGGAAAUUUACACGCAGCUGUGUGCCUUUGAGAAUAAAGUGGCUGAGAUGCUCCAACAACAGUAUGAACCCAAGCCCCAG